AUGCAAAGCCACAAAUCUGAAAAAUCAUAUUAAGAUUUCCUUUCAGUAAAUGAAUCAGACUUUUUAAACACUUAUUUUUUACAUCUAGUUGGAGAUACUAUUCCGCAAUUUGUUUGUUAAUCAGAAUUAGCUAUACGACAUAGAUUAGGAGCUAAAAUAGAUGUCUAAUUACUAUUUUAAUAGAAACGCAGUGUACAUGUGAAACCUAAUAGAUAUAUGUUUUGUUAAUGUGAUUUCAAACUUGAAAGUGCAAUACAAUUAUUACAAAAUUAAAUUAAGAAAUAUGAUUAUUAAGAAAAUGAGGAGUAUUAAAUGUAAAUUGAUUUAGAAAGAAAUCAUCUUCAACAAAGAAGAAACUAUAUAGAUCUGUAUUAACAUCAUCAUUUUCAGAUGAUAUUCCAAUUUGUCAAAUCAAUUCUUGGGUCCUUUUAAAUGAUAUUAAAAUAGAAGUGAAAAAAGGUGAUAUAUUAUUAUUCAUCGUAAAGAUUAAAGCUUCUUCGUAUACUCUUAAUCGAUUGUAGACUCUAAUUCAGAAUGAAAUUAAAUAUACUAAAGUACUAAUUAAAUAAAUAAGAGACAAAAUUAAGUGAUUACAUAACCAAAUAUAAUCCAAAUAUACAUCCAAUAUUAAUAUUGAAUGCAGACAUCAAUUUCCCGUAUUAAAAACUAAAUUGUUAAGCAUAUUAUAUUGGGAAAUAGAAUUUAAUGUAACAUUUCUUUUAAUAGUUGAGAAUACAAGAUGCAGAAGCAAUAACAGAAGAUGUAAUAAAUUUAGUAUAAUAAUUUAGUUGAUUUCAAAAUAUAAUUUAAAUAGAAUGAGUUAGGCAAGAAUUCUGGCUUAAAAAGAAGCGUUAGAUUAUUAGAAACUUGGAAAGAAUAUUGAUAUAUUUAAAAUAUCUACUUUCGGAGUGGCCAUAGUAUUAGGUUUAAUGUACUUUUUAAAGAAAAAAAUUAUUAAAUGA